AUGGCUGCCAUCGAUUACACAAUUCCUGAUCUUAUCCGUCAUCAUACUGAGAUUUUAUUCAUAGGGAUCAAUCCUAGUAGUAAAGCACCAAAGAAACACAUUGGCCAUUUCUUUGGCGGACGCGGUAAUUGUUUCUGGAAAUGUUUCUCUGAAUGUGGUCUUCUGGAUGGCAUAUAUGGACCGCUGGAUGAUGUCUACAUUCACAACAAGUACAAUGUUGGUUUUUUGAAUUUGGUUCCUCGUGCCACCGCCUCUUGCAAAUCGCUUGCAAGAGAUGAGAUACUUCUGCGUGUCCAGCAGACAUUGGCCAAAAUAGAACGUUUUAAGCCAAAGCUUGUAUGCUGCGUGGGCAAAUUCGUGUAUCAACACUUGAUUUAUUCACCUCGUGGCAAAGUUGCUUUCGGUAUCCAAUCUACUGUCUUUCCAUGGGAAAACGGACAGGGUGCUUCUCCUGUCUUUUUAAUGCCUAGUACCAGCAAAAUCGGGAUCGCUUACAGUGAAGACGACAAGAAACGGUAA